CAACGGAUAAAGCCCGCUCCUUCUCCGAAGUCCAGAAGCCCUUUCUGCAUUCGGGGAGAGUGAGCGAGCAGCAGACGGCGGGGAAGAUUAGGCAUCGAAAUGCUAGCAAGCUGUAUGCUUCAUGGCGGAACUCUUCCUUCAUUGCCUUCGCCACCCUUGUUCUUUCUCAGAACGCGAACCCUAUCUCUACCCUUUUCAUGCCGCGGCACUCUCCUAAGUGAGAGUGCGGAGCGUCCGCGCUGGAAUCGUUUUUAUCUCCACUCUCUGAGCGCGAGGAGAACUUUACUAAGAGUUGCGGAGUCGUCGGAAGUCACGGAGAACGUCGAGGAAGAGAGCUCUUCUGCGCCGCUGAAGCACUCGAUCAAGAUACCCGUGGGCGACCGGCAUAUCUUGGUUGAAACUGGUCAUAUUGGUAGGCAAGCUAGUGCUUCUGUGACGGUUACUGAUGGUGAAACUAUAGUUUAUACUUCUGUUUGUUUAGCUGACGUGCCUAGCGAGCCUUGUGAUUUCUUCCCAUUGUCAGUUUUCUAUCAAGAGAGACUUUCAGCUGCAGGCCGAACUAGCGGUGGAUUUUUUAAACGGGAGGGCAGAGCGAAAGAUCAUGAGGUUCUUAUUUGCAGACUGAUAGAUAGACCAUUGCGUCCGACAAUGCCAAAAGGUUUCUACCAUGAAACUCAGAUUCUAUCAUGGGUUUACAGCUAUGAUGGCAUUCAUUCGCCGGAUUGUUUGGCUGUUACAGCAGCAGGCAUAGCAGUAGCCCUCUCAGAAGUUCCAAACACAAAAAUAGUUGCAGGGGUUCGAAUGGGUUUGAUUGGUGAUAAGUUUGUUGUUAACCCAACUACCAAUGAGAUGGAGUCUUCAGAGCUUGAUCUGAUGCUUGCAGGAACUGACAGUGCUAUCUUGAUGAUAGAAGGAUUUUGUAACUUUCUUACGGAGGAGAAGUUGCUUAAAGCUGUGGAAAUUGGGCAUGUUGCAGUACGUGACAUUUGCAGGGAAGUGGAAACUUUGGUCAAGAUGUGUGGAAAGCCAAAAAUGGUCGAGGCAAUUAAAUUGCCACCGGAUGAGCUUUAUAGACAUGUUGAAGAUAUUUCAGGAUAUGAACUGGUGAAUGCUUUACAAAUAAGUAGCAAAAUACCAAGAAGAAAGGCUCUUUCCGUGUUGGAAGAGAAAGUUAUAAGCAUCCUCACCGAGAAAGGGUAUGUUGCCAAGGAUCAGGUGUCAGGAACAACUGACGUGGUAAAUGACAAAUGUGAUAAUGAGGAUGAGGAUGAGGAUGAGGAGGUUGUUUCUGAUGGUGAAGUUGAUGAAGGAGAUGUUCAUAUCAAGCCUGCUCGGAAGCCUAUCCCAUUGUUGUUCUCGGAAGUUGAUGUGAAGCUAGUUUUCAAGGAAGUUACUUCGAAAUUUCUGCGCAAACGAAUUGUUGAGGGGGGUAGAAGAAGUGAUGGUCGAAUUCCUUCGGAGAUUCGCUCAAUCAAUGCACAAUGUGGAGUACUACCACGAGCACAUGGAAGUGCGCUUUUCACUCGUGGAGAGACACAGUCUCUUGCUGUGGUUACUCUUGGAGACAAGCAAAUGGCACAAAGGAUUGAUAAUCUUGUUGACACAGAAGAGGCAAAGAGGUUUUAUCUUCAGUACUUAUUUCCCCCCUCUUGUGUUGGUGAAGUUGGGCGAAUUGGUGCACCUAACAGGAGGGAGAUUGGUCAUGGAAUGCUUGCUGAGAGAGCAUUGGAACCUAUCUUACCUUCUGAAGAGGAUUUUCCUUACACUGUUCGUGUUGAAAGUACCAUUACUGAAAGUAAUGGAUCCUCCAGCAUGGCUUCAGUUUGUGGAGGUUGUCUAGCACUUUUAGAUGCUGGAGUUCCUGUUAAAUGCUCUGUUGCUGGAAUAGCAAUGGGUUUAGUCUUGGACACUGAAGAAUUUGGUGGAGAUGGAACACCAUUGAUACUUUCUGAUAUUAGUGGAUCUGAAGAUGCAUCCGGUGACAUGGAUCUCAAGGUUGCUGGUAAUGAGAAUGGAAUUACUGCUUUCCAGAUGGACAUAAAGACUGCAGGAAUCACUUUACCAGUGAUGGAAAAAGCACUUGUGCAAGCAAAAGAUGGGCGAAGUCAUGUCCUUUAUGAAAUGUUGAAGUGCUCACCUCCUCCAUCCAAAAAGCUUUCCAAGUAUGCCCCACUGAUUCAUGUUAUGAAGGUCAAACCGGAGAAAAUUCAUCUUAUUAUUGGUUCUGGUGGGAAAAAGGUGAAAAGCAUCAUUGAGGAAACUGGAGUAGAAGGGAUAGAGACUCAAGAUGAUGGAAUUGUAAAAAUUACUGCAAGGGAUUUGUCCAGCUUAGAGAAGUCUAAAGCUAUAAUAGCUAAUUUGACAAUGGUUCCAACUGUUGGUGACAUUUUCAGGGAUUGUGAAAUUAAAUCAAUUGCACCUUAUGGAGUUUUUGUGGAGAUUGCACCGGGGCGUGAGGGACUUUGUCAUAUUAGUGAGCUUAGUUCAGAAUGGUUGGCUAAGGCUGAGGAUGCCUUUAAAGUUGGAGAUCGCCUAGAUUUAAAACUUAUUGAGGUAAAUGAAAAGGGACAACUACGACUGAGCCGUCGUGCUUUGCUUCCUGAUGCAACCCCUGAGAGUACUGUUUCUAAGAAUCAAACAAGCUUGGGUGAAGAGGAAAAUGAUUCUGUUAACACUGCCUCAAAAGUAGCUUUUGUCAGAGUUGAAUCAAUUGAGCAGAAGUCUGUACAGUCUGUGAAUACCAGGGAAAGCAAGAUUCUUUCAAAGAAGUCUGUUUUUACCAGGAAAGCUACUUCAGUCCCUGCUAAAGCUGAGGAAAUGAUUCGGAGAUUAGUUCGUCCAGUGAGAGAAAGCUCAGUUGCCAACAAGGAGAAACAAAGCAAGAGCGAUGUAAAAGCAGUCCGGGUAUCCUCCAGAGAACCUAAUUUAGUUGAUGAUGAAGCUAAAAUUGGGUGACCUGAACCGCAAAUAUAAGAUUGAGGAGAAAUAACAUUCCAUUACAUGUUCAAGAAGAAAUCAACUUGUGAUGCCACUCACCGUAUUCAUUUAUGAGGUAUUUUUUAUUAAUUUCUCACGACAAGGAUAAAUAUUUUUUUGCUGAUAGCUAUGCCUCGUUACUUUAAUUUACUUUUGGAAGCAGGUUUAGGCAUCCCUUUAUGAUAGAAUUUUUUCAUGCCAUGUCAGUGUUGUAUGUUAUAAAAAGAUGUGAUGCCAUUCCAUCACUAUUUUGUACAUGAUACUCCUCUUGUUUAUAACUUGCCACUUUCUCAUACAUUAAUCUAUCUCAAGAAAACCUUAUAUUGAGUCCUUACA